AUGUCUUCCAUUAAUUUCAUUCCAAAAACAACAACCUUAGCCAAUUUUCUUCCAAAUAUUAACAUUCCACCUCUUCGUCCAUAUUAUUUAACAGCUAAUAUUCCACCACCAAAAAUUCAACAAAAUUAUCAAAAUUUAACUCGGCAAAUUCCACGAAAACCAUCUUUAUACGGGGCAGGUCAACGUAAGUACAAUUUUCAUAAAAAAUUUCAAAUAGGUACAACAACAACAUUUAAUGGCUACACCAAUGUUUCGGGUCGUCCACCAACACCACCACCACGUCGUCGUCAUCUUUCACCAUUUCAACCAUUAGCACCACCACGAAAUCAUCAUAAUUUUCAUCAUCAUCCUCAUCCACAUCAAUAUAAUCAUCAUCAUCAUCAUCAUUAUCAAAAUAAUACUAAUAAUUUACCAACAUUAAUGUCUCUUAAUCCAUUUCAUCAUCCACCACGUCAUCAUACACGGUCAUUCCACCAGGCUCAGCAUUUUCAUCCAAAUCAACAUCAUCC